UUAGAAGAAAGUCUACAGAGCUUUCAGGCAAGAGGUGGAAAGAAAUGCACUUAGUCCAGCUUCUGCAGGCACAAGUAGUAGUUCAGUAUUUGAUAUAACCUGAAACACUUUUUUUGGUUAGCUUUUAAAAAGGAACUUUGACCUUUUUUGUUAAACCGAUCUAGGACUAAAUACAUAUUUUUUUAUUAUUAUUAUUUUAAAAAAUAUAUUUAAGUAAAAAUGCUCAGGAGAACAAUUUUGCGUUUUUUCUCCUUGGGUGUCUCACUCGCCCUGCUGUCCUUCGCUCAGGUAGGGACGCAGCCGGCCCGGGCUGCUCGCCGCAAGACCCCGGCUGCUGGAGGUGCCAACCUGCUCAAGCACAUUAGCUGCUGUGAGGAUGUCAAGGAGCUCACGGUGCAAGUGGCCAACCUGACCAGCAUGCUGGCGGAGCUCAGCAAGAAGCAGGAGGCAGACUGGAUCAAUGUGGUCAUGCAGAUGAUGGAGCUGGAGAACGGCCACCGGCAGCACGAAGGCCGCAUCACAGAGGUGGAGGGCAAGUACUCCGAGAUCAACAGCCGAUUGGAGAUCAUGCAGCUCCAGGCAGCCCAGACCCUCCCACAGACCUCUGCAGAUGCGAUCUACGACUGCUCGUCUCUGUAUAGCAGGAGUUAUAAAAUCUCUGGAGUAUACAAACUACCUUCAAACGAAUUCAUGGGAACUCCUGAACUUGAAGUACUCUGUGACAUGGAGACGAACGGGGGCGGCUGGACAGUGAUCCAGAGACGCAAAGUGGGCCUGACUUCCUUCAACCGAGACUGGAAACAGUACAAGGACGGCUUUGGGAACAUUCGUGGGGAUUUCUGGCUUGGAAACGAACACAUCUUCCGCCUCACCAGGCAGCCCACCGUGUUGAGGAUAGACAUGGAGGACUGGGAAGGUCAAACCCGCUAUGCCGAGUACAACUUUUUCACGAUCAGCAACGAAAUGAACAGUUACAAGCUUUUCCUCGCCAACUACAGUGGGAGCGCUGGCCACGACUCUCUGAGGUAUCACAACAACACCAACUUCAGCACGAAGAACAAAGACAACGACAAGUGCGUGGAUAACUGCGCCCAGCUCCGUAAAGGUGGCUACUGGUACAACUGCUGUACUGACUCCAACUUGAACGGCGUGUUUUACCGCUACGGGGAUCACACCAAAAACACAGACGGCAUUACUUGGUACGGCUGGCACGGGUCUCACUACUCCCUGAAAAGGGUUGAGAUGAAGAUUCGUCCUCAGAAUUUCACUCCGUAAAACAGACUCCAGGGCAAUGGAAAAGGGACAGUGCAACUACCAGCCCAGCAAAACAAGAACACUGCCUUAAAAAAGAAAAGAAAAAAAAACACAAUCUUACUUUUGUGGAAUGUUUUCAUCGGAAGCUCACAGUAAUGUGUAAUAUUUAAUUGGAAAAUGUAGUUAAACUUUAGUAUUUAACAAUUUAAAGCUUUCAUUGUUUGUGGGGUGGACUCCUAAUAAGCUCUAAUAAUAUUCAAAAGUAAAGUGAACGUACGUAGUAUUUUAAAAUGAUUUUUUUAAACCAUGUAAAUGUUUUUUUUUUUGUGAAAGUUGUAUUAUAAAAUGACCUUAUUGUUCAUCAAAGUCUAAAGACACCUAAUGAAAGGAGAGUCGUAAGAUAAGGGUGUCAUAAAUUAAACACAGCAAACAGCUUUUUAUAGCAUCAGCCUAAAUUAAAGAAACCGGAAAAGAAUAUUCAAUGAAAUAUAUAUAUUUUUUAUUUUUUUAAAUCAUCACGAUAUGCGAGUUGAAGCAUUCCUGUGCUUGAUUUACAUGAAAAACAAGCCAAUACAAAAGUCCUUGUCUUAUGUUUAAAUACCUUUUUUCCUUGAUGUUAUGUUAAAGUGAACAGCUAGAACGUGCAGUACUUUAGACCACCUCUAAGAUAUAUUUUUAAAACUAUAAACAGAUUUGCAGUGCCUAAUGUGUAAAAUGUGUACAGCGCCGUAUGGCCAUAUUCUAUUCUAAUUAAUAAAACUUCUUAUUUGUA